AUGGCGCCCGGAGCCGCGCAGGUGGACAACACCGCGAGGCGCAAGUGGGACAAGGAUGAAUACGCCGCGAAGGCCAAGGAGCGCGAGCGGCUCGAGGACGAGAAAGAGAAGGGCAAGAACAUCCGGCCCCCGCCCGGCGCCAUCAUCGAGCGCAAAACCUUGAGCCUCGACACCAUCAUCCAGCGCGACUACAAGAAGGAGCUGGAGGCGCGCGUCGGCACCAAAACGAUCGUCAACCUGGACACAGGCGAGGGCCUGGGGUUCAGGUGCAAGGAGACCGGGGUGAUCCUGCGCGAUUCCAUCGCGUACCUCGACCACAUCAACGGCAAGAAGCAGCAGAAGGCGCUGGGCAUGAGCAUGAGGGUGGAGCGCUCCACGGUGGAACAGGUGCGCGGCGCGUUCGAGCGCGCGAAGAGGAAGAAAGAGGAGGAGGAGAAAGAAUCCGCCGCGGACUUUGCGAAGCGCGUUAAGGCGGCGGAGGAGAACGAGGAGGAGCUGAGGGCUCGAAGGGCGGAGAAGAAAAAGGCAAAGAAGGAGGCGAAGAGAGCCGAGGAGGAAAAAGCCAAGGCGCAGCAGGAGAUGGAGUUCGGGUUGGACCCGGACAUGGCAGCCAUGAUGGGGUUCUCGGGGUUCGGCGGCAACAAGUGACGAGGCGACGCGAUGCGACGACGACUCUCCGCUCCACCGGCUAACCCGCUCGAGAGACGAGAGUCUUGAAUAAAAAAGCGAAAAAUA